GGGAAGAAAAAAGCGGGGCGCAAGAAGCCGCCUGAUUCUAAUUCGAGGAUUGGGUUAGGCGCUUCUUCGUCCCACGCCACACCACACCAGACCGACCACAUUCCUCUGUACGCAAAAUAAUAGCAUAGCAUAAAUUUAAUUAAACUGAGUAUCGAUCGGAUCGAGAUCGGGCAUGGAUGGUUUGGUUGGGCUGUUGAAGGUGCGUGUGGUGCGUGGGAUCAACCUUGCCUACCGCGACGCAAGAGGCAGUGAUCCAUAUGUUGUCCUUCGCCUCGGCAAGCAGAAACUGAAGACCAGCGUGAAGAAGCGAUCCGUGAACCCUAUCUGGCAUGAGGAGCUAACCCUGUCAAUCACGAACCCGAAUGCACCAAUCAAGCUUGCGGUGUUUGACAAGGACACCUUCAGCAAGGACGACCCAAUGGGGAACGCGGACAUCGAGGUGCUGCCCUUCACGGAGGUCCUGGAACUGGACACCGAGGGCAUCCGCAACGGCACCGUGGUGCGGUCGGUCGCGCCGAGCAGCGGGAACUGCCUCGCCGAGGAGAGCCGCGUGUGCUGGAAGAACGGCAAGUUCGUCCAGGACAUGAUCCUGCGCCUCCGGAACGUCGAGAGCGGGGAAAUAAUGCUGAAGCUGGAGUGGGUCAAUAUGAAGAAGUGACCCGGCAUGAUCAACAACAUGCACAUGCAUGCAGAGCACAGUAUCUCGAUCGAUCCAUCCAUCCGUCCGUUGCACAUGUCGGAUUGUAACCAGCAAAUUAACUUAUCGGAUUACACCCCGCCCCGCUCUGCUGUGUGUAGUAAGAAAAGAAAAUGGAUUUCUAAACGGUGACAGUCCAGGACAUUGUUUGUAAAGGCAUUUCUGAUCCCGAUAACCGAUUAGAGCAGUAAAA